CUCGUGUGAACUCUUGCGCAACGGGCCGCGGAGCCCGGCCUAUACUGUGACUUACAGGACGACACAAGAUGUUUCCAUCAUCUAGAAGACUCUACAUACUAGUCACGAUAUUGGCAUGUUUCCUUCAAGCUCAUGGUGCUGAUAAAUAUACGGAUGAAAAUAGACCAUAUGAAUUUGGCUUUAACAUCGAAGGAGAACAACACAGGCAUGAAAAGAAAGAUGAGAAAGGUUUGAUCAUGGGUGAAUUUGGGUUCAUCACAGCGGAUGGAGUGUACCACGUCACAGUUUAUGCAACAGAUGAGAAUGGGAAUUUCAAAAUCUUGUCAAUGAAAAAUAUUCGUGUAAAACCAUAUCCAACUGGACCCGAAAGACAAGGUCAUUCGCUGCCACUCCCACCGUCUCAAUCCCAACCAGGGCCGCAGCCAGGACCGCAGCCAGCGGCACCAGCGCAGACUCCACCCAGAAAUAUUCCAGGACCUGUCGCACCAGCGCCAGCUAAAACUUGCUCCUCCUGUAGUAUUCCAACUACUACCACUAUUAGACCAGCUUUACCAAGUGCGCCCGUGGGAAAUCCAAACUAUCCUUCUCAAGGCAACACCAAUUAUCCAUCACAAGGAGCUAACGCAAACUACCCAGGAUCAAAUGCAGGCAGCAAUCCUCCACCGGGAUCUGGAAACCCUAACUAUCCAGCACCAAAUGCACCUACUAAUUUUGCAUCAGGGCCAAGCAAUACUAACUCUCCUGGUUCCUAUCCAGCUGGAAAUUUCCCAUCAGGCGGGGGCAAUCCAAACUAUCCAGGACAAAAUGGUGGCAAUAACAACCAAGGACAAAAUUAUCCAGAAUCGAAUGGAGGAAACGGUCCACUUUCCGGUGGUAAUCAAAAUUAUCCAAAUUCUCCUAAUUAUUCUCAAAAUAAUCCUCAAGGAUCAAAUUACCCCGGUCCAGGACAACAACCUUCUGGUGAAAGAAAUCCAAAACAGUAUGAACCUCAGCAACCAGGAACUCCGCAGAAACCGACUUUGACCUACGCACAAAUGCAAAUAGUCGAUAGUAAUACCGACAUUCACAAAAAGGAACCGAAUGAAAGAGAUGGGUUACCUGAUGGCCUCACUAAAGAUGAUAUGAGUAAACUCUUGUACACAUUUAACUACACGGUUGGGUUCCAUGGGCAUUUUGAGGAAGGCUAUGCUAACGGAGCUAAACAGGGAUACUAUUUUGUAACAGGAAGGAACGGAGUGAGAACAAGAGUAGAUUACGUAGCUGACGAGAAAGGCUUUAGACCUAAAAUCACUCAGGAAGUACUAGACUUACUAUCUGAUGAUGUGCCAAAACCUGAAACAGAAAAAGAUGAGAAAUUCGGUUUAAAAGGAUACGAAUUCAAAUGGCUGUACUACCCAGUGGACAGUAAGCGUUAGAAAACAAUAAAAUUGGUAUUUUCAAAUUAUGCAGUUACCUGAUAUUGUUAAUUUAAGUUUAAUUGGCUUUAAGAUAUUAUUUACAUAAUCUUUUACUUAUAGAAUUUAACUUUAAACACUGCCUAGUGA